AUGAAACUGAAACAUGAAGAAUCAUCAUCACCAUCAUCUUCUUGUUCAUCAUCAUCAUCACCCAUCAAAUUCCUAAUGUCAAGGCAUCAAUGCAAUACCAGCAUUUUUGGCCUCUCUUUCUCCUUCAUUUUCUCCCUAUGGUGCCUCCUCCUCUUCUACAUCAAGCUUCGCCUUGUUCAUGGCACUGGAGCUAUGUUAGAGUUCAAUGAAUCAGGUAGCUCCAACAACAGUCUUGGUCAGAAACUUUCAAAACCCUCCAACUCAAUUCCCGAAACAACUAGUUUAGAACAAAUGUUUUGGCACGUUUUAGGCAACGGUAGUAAUUUGGUGUGCAAACCACAACCUCCACAAGAGGUAAACAAACUUAAACAAAUUCCUGAUGAGAAACUUCAUCAUCACAAUUACGAUGAAUCUCGAGCGCAAGAAAAAACAAAGGUCAUGGACUCUGCGCUUGUUAACAUAACUCACAGGCUUGAAUCUGAUGGUUCUGUGUACAACUAUGCCUCUGAGUCCAAAGGUGCAAAGGUGGUGGCCCAUAAUAAGGAGGCCAAAGGUGCAAAAAAUAUACUCGGGAAGGAUCAUGACAAGUACCUGAGAAACCCUUGUUCUGUUGAAGGAAAAUUUGUUGUUAUUGAGCUCUCAGAAGAGACCUUGGUUGAUUCUGUGAAGAUUGCAAACUUUGAGCAUUAUUCUUCUAACUUCAAGGAAUUUGAUUUGUCAGGAAGUUUGAGCUAUCCAACUGAAGAAUGGAGCAUGCUGGGAAACUUCAUUGCUGCCAAUGUCAAGCAUGCACAGAGCUUUAAGCUGCCUGAACCCAAAUGGGCAAGGUAUUUAAAGUUGAGCUUGAUUAGACAUUAUGGAUCCGAGUUUUACUGCACACUGAGUCUUGUAGAAGUUUAUGGGAUCAAUGCGAUAGAGCGGAUGCUUAAGGAUCUAAUUGUUGCUUCUGUGGCAUCCAUUCCUGAUAAGUUGCCUGUUCAUAAUAUCACUGACCACUCUUCUUUGAAAUCAGAAGAUGGUCAAAUUGACAGAAAUGGAAAAAAAGUUGAUACUAAGAAUGAUACUGUGGCUGCUGAGAUAUCAAGCAAUGAUACCGCUAGAGAGUUUGAUGCAGAAGCAGUAAAAACAACGAUGACUGCAAACUUGAUUCUUGAUCCUGUAUUAGAACUUAGACAACAGCUAAAUGGUAGGGUAGCAGGUGACACUGUUCUGAAGAUUUUGAUGCAGAAAGUGAAGUCAGUGGAGGUGAAUUUAUCUGUCCUUGAGGAUUACAUCAAAGAAUUGAACAGGAGACAAGGGGUUAAAUUACUGGAUCUUGACAAAGAGUUCUCCAGAUUAUCAGAAUGCCUUGGACAAAGCAAGUCAGAGAUCAAAGACCUAUGGCAGUGGAACACAAAUAUGGAAAAAGGAAUAUCUGAGGCUGAGUCUUGGAAAGAUGCUGUCUCAUCUCAACUUAAUGAAAUAGCCAGAGAAAAUAGCAUGCUAAGAUCAGACGUUCGAAAGGUUGCAAGUAAUCAAGCAAAUAUGGAAAGCAAAGAACUUGCUGUAUUAGCAACGAGUCUUGUUUUUGUGUGCCUUGCCGUUCUCAAGAUAGUUUCAGUACACAUGUUGACGUUUUCUGCAUCAUACAAUGCAGAUAAGCUAGGCCAUUCUAUAGUUAAUGUUUAA